AUGUUUGUUGAAAACGAUCUUUCGUGCAGUGAGUACUGCGCAUUGAUCAUGCCCAAAGCCAAUCCGUCAUCAUCAUUCACGUCUCCUCAUCCUCCGAUACCACUACCUGACCAUCAUAAUCAUCCCGUCCAACGUCGUUCUUCGACAACAUUUAAUGAAGCAUCAAGUCUUCCUCCACCAGCCAAUGCCGUGUCCUCGAACACCCACAUCGAACAUGAAAAUGACGAUAAUCAAAAUAAACAAAUAAUUAGUUUGCCCUUCAAUUGGCAGGCAUCGAAAACAUCCCUCAAUGACCGUAUAUCUGCCCUGUGUCUAAAUGAAUACAUGUCCGAUAUACAUUUCGAACUCAAUGACAGUGACGAACUACUUCCUGCACAUAAAUUUGUAUUAAGUGUCGGCUCAUGCGUAUUCGAAGCGAUGUUCCAACGAAAUAACGAAACUCUUUCAUCAAUUAUUCGUGUACCUGAUAUGGAAACUCAUGCAUUUCGUACUCUACUACGCUUCCUAUAUGGAGAUUACCACAAUCCAUCAUCGUCAAUAACACACGAUACAGUUAUGUCGAUAUUAUAUGGUGCAAAGAAAUAUUGUAUACUUGGUCUCGAACGUCUUUGUGUAGAUUUUCUAAAGAAGAAUAUUUCAAUUGAAAAUGCUUUGAUUCUCUUGAGUCAAGCUCGUCUGUUCGACGAAGCACAACUAGCUGCUCAAUGCUUAGAAGUGAUUGACAAAAAUGCCACGCAUAUGCUGCAAGCACCUGAAUUACUCGAUGUUGAUUUAGAUACGUUGAUGGCUAUUUUAAAACGUGAUACAUUGGGUGUUAGAGAGAUUAAACUUUGGCAAACGUGUAUAGCAUGGGCGAAGAAUAAAUGUCAUAGUAGAAAUCAAAUUGUUACACCUGAUAUGAUUCGGCAGACAUUAGGUGGUGCUCUGAAAUUGAUUCGAUUUCCGCUAAUGACGCAAGAAGAAUUCGCCCAAGGUCCAGCACAAUCAGGAAUUUUAACCGAUAAAGAAAUCAUUUCGAUAUUUUUAUAUUUUAAUUUACCAGCCAAAUCUUAUAAAUUAUGCGAAUUUGACGAUGAACCACGAAGUACAUUCAAAGAAUACACUAUUAAUCGAUUUCGUGAAGGAGAAGUUGAGCAUCGUUGGUCGUACUCGGAUGCAUUCGAUCGAAUUCGUUUUAAAUGUGAUCGAAGACUGUUUAUCGCUGGCUAUGGACUUUAUGGAAGUAUACGCGAGCCAUUCGAAUACAAUGUUCAUAUACAGUUACAUCACUUGGAUUCGGGUCGAAUACUAGGUGAAAACGAAACAACGUUCAUGGCUGAUGGAUCAUCGUCAACAUUUCGAGUCUCAUUCAAAGAACCACUAGAAAUUCAACAAGGAGAAUAUUACGUUGCUAGUGCUAAACUCAAAGGACCCGAUUCCUUCUAUGGGAUUAGUGGCUUACGCCGUAUAACUCAUGAUUGUGGUCUCGAUGGAAAAGUGACAUUCAAUUUUGCAUACGCUUCGGGCGAAAAUAACGGCUCAAAUGUUGACGAUGGACAGAUACCUGAAAUCAUUUUUUGUCUAUAA